CAUUAACAGAGAGGGAGUCUGUCUUCUUCUCCGGGACGCUGCACACAGUAAGGUACCAUACCAACCGGCUGCAAGGAAAAGACCAAGCUAUGGGCCAUCAGAUGCCUGCCGCCGCCUGCUUCAUCUUUGCUCUAUGUCUCUGCUUUGUAACAGGAAACCCUGCACUAAAAGCCAACCCGGCCGAAGAAGAGCAAAGGGAUGCGAAAUUUCUGUUGCCUUGUGAUAUAAACACCAACAGAAGACCAGAUAAAGAUGCUGCAUCAGUUCAUUCGCUCAGCCCCUUGGACAUCAAGGUUUUAUCCACUUUGAGAAGCUUGAAACUCAAUCCUGAUGGGGCAAAUAACAGACUGCAGAGCUUGGAGCAGGUAUUGCAGAGGGCCAGCCGGGAUGUUGAAUCCUACAUCGGUCAAAAAUUGCCUUCAGCCUCCCGUAUUUCUCCUCCACCACAAGAGAACCUGUUAGAAGAAGCUAAGAAGCUGGUGGAAAGCCUAAAGCAAGGCCAGAUGGUGUCUUUUGCCAACGACUGGAAGAUGAUCACCAUCUUUGUUACUGCUGAAGACCCUUGUGGGUUCUGCAAUCAGAUGGAUCACACAGAAGGCACUAUCAGAAAACUGGAGAGUGUUCUAGAUUUACUACACAAAGAACUUCCGAAAACAUUUGUGAGUUUGGUGGACUUGACGGAGCUAAAUGGCUUGUACCUGUCUCAUCCCAGCCAAGCAGAGCUCAGGAAAUCAUGUGACUGUUUCAGGAAACCAUCAGAUUACACCAAAACCACAUUCCGCUUUUCAUUCCAGGUUGCCCUUGAAAGACUGAUACUUUCUGGACAAUAUGACACCAGGGAGGACUUCACUGUUGCACUGCAUCCCGUCAUCAAAAUGGUGGACUAUGGAAAUUCUUGGGAGUCUUACGAUCUUCAGUGCUCUGUUCAGGCCCGUCCUUACCUCAAUACUCACAGAAACAGCCCUUAUGAGUCGCUCAGUGACAUGCUACUCUAUGAAGAGAAAAAUGCACAGACGAAGGCCUUUGGCUCUAAUUUUACCUGCACAGAUUUAUCUCCUUCUGACACCAUCCCAACCUCUGUUCACAGAUUGAAGCCGGCAGAUUUUAAGGUCAUCGCUGCUUUGGGAGACUCCAUUACUGCUGGAAAUGGAGCAGGUGCCGUGAUCACUGAUCCCCUGGAUAUAGUUACUGAGUACCGUGGUCUCUCCUGGAGCAUUGGUGGAGAUUUAGAACUCAGCAAUGUGACAACAAUAACUAAUAUUCUCCGGCUGUACAACCCUAAUAUUGUAGGCUUCUCCACCGGAAGAGGAUCCCAGCACCUUCCCAAUGCUAAUCUAAACCGAGCCGUCCCCGGAGCCAAAGCAGAUGAUAUGCUGGAGCAGUCUCAGUUACUUGUGCAAAGGAUGAAGUUGUCUUCGAAAAUAAAUAUGACUGAGGACUGGAAACUUCUGACUAUAUUUAUCGGAGGAAACGAUCUUUGUGGCAUCUGUAAAGACCCAAUUUAUCAUUCUCCAGAAAAAUAUAUUUAUCGUAUCCAAGAAGCUCUGGACUACCUGCAUGCCGAGGUCCCGCGGUUGUUUGUGAAUCUGGUUUUAAUUCUGGAUAUAAUGCCACUGAAAGGCCUUUACGAUGAUAAACGGACUCACUGCCCGCAGACUAUCAUGAGGGGACUGUGCAGCUGCAUUGUAGAAAAUGAACACAACUCUCUGCUGCUUGAGACCGCUAAACAGUAUAACAAGAAAUAUCAGGAAAUGACAUAUCAGUUAAUUGAAACCGGGAGGUAUGAUACCAAAGAGGACUUUGGCGUUGUUGUCCAGCCAUUUUUCGAAUACCUUGAAAUACCAAUAACUGCGGAAGGAGUUCCUGACAGAUCGUAUAUGUCUCCAGACUGCUUUCAUUUUGGUGAGAAAGGCCAUGCCCAGGGUGCCCGAGCUCUAUGGAAAAACAUGUUUGAACCAGUUGGUCAGAAGACAAAAGAUCAGUCUCUUGCUGAAGAUAUUGCUGUCCACUGUCCACCACAGAGUGAUCCCUUUGUGAAGACAGCACGGAACAGUAACUACGUCUAUCCGACCGUAACCCCCGAUCACACCCUUGGAAGCAAACUCACAUGCGCAGACAAAAGUCCCUCCAAUCCAAAACCUGCAUCAGUUCACGCACUGAAACCCGCUGACGUGACAGUUGUGGCAGCCAUCGGAGACUCCCUGACAGCUGGAAAUGGUAUUGGUUCCAAACCAAAUGAUGUCUUGGACGUGCUUAAUAUGUACAGAGGGUUAUCAUGGAGCAUUGGUGGUGAUUCUACGUUAGACCGUGUAACCACCCUGCCAAAUAUACUGCGUGAGUUUAACCCGCUGCUCACUGGAUUUUCAACCGGAACAGGAAAUAAAUCUCUUCAUAAUUCCUAUCUGAAUGAAGCCGUUCCUGGAGCCAAGGCCUUUAAUUUACCAGAACAAGUACACGCCCUGAUUGCUCAACUGAAAGAAGACAAGAGAGUCAAUUACAAUAAUGACUGGAAGGUGAUCACUAUAUUAAUUGGACCUAACGACGUGUGUGCUUCAUGCUCAGAUGCUAACUUUUUUUCCACCAAAAACUUUAUCGAUUACAUUCGAGAGGCGCUGGACAUUUUGCACAAGGAGGUCCCUAGAGCAUUUGUUAACCUGGUGGAAGUGAUGGAUAUCUACCCAUUGAGAGAAGCUGUUUUAGACCCACGAGUGAAUUGUCCUGUCCUAAUUACUAAGAUGCUCUGUCCCUGUCUACUAAAUAUUGCAGACAACUCAGAUGAAAUGAAGUUUAUUAAAGGCAUGAACAGCGGCUAUCAGCACAACACCCAACAGCUGAUUGACUCAGGAAGGUACGACACAAGAGAUGACUUCACUGUGGUUCUACAGCCAUUUUUCCGCAAUCCCAAAAUUCCCAAACUCACGGAUGGGAUCCCGGAUACAUCGUUCAUGGCCCCAGACUGUUUUCACCUCAGUCAGAAGUCACAUUCACAGAUGGCCAGGAUGCUAUGGAAAAAUAUGCUGGAGCCUGUUGGAAAGAAAACUGAUGUAUUAGACUUGGUGGCUAUUGAUGCACUGAGCUGCCCCACUCAGGAUCAGCCAUUCCUAAGGACAUACAAAAACAGCAACUACAAUUAUUCCCCUCCAAAGCCCACACCGCCCCCUGUAACGAACUGGGGUAGUGACAUGAUGUGCCAGGCAGCCGGACCUUCCUCCCAAAUCCCAACAUCAGUGCACAAGUUACGCCCAGCAGACAUCAAGGUGGUCGCAGCCCUUGGGGAUUCCCUAACUGCAGCGUAUGGAGCAAAGUCACCCUCACUCAAUGAAAUGUCAACUGAGUAUCGGGGGGUUUCUUGGAGCAUUGGUGGUGAUGGGACCCUGGAUGAAUGUACAACAUUGCCCAAUAUUCUGAAGAAAUUUAAUCCAAACAUAAAGGGAUUUUCCACAGGAGUUGGCAAAGCAAACACAAUGUUUAAUGUAGCCAUUAGUGGUGCCAAAGCAGAAAAUAUGUUAUCUCAAGCAACCACCCUAGUGAAUAAGAUGAAAGAAAGCACUAUGAUCAAUUUUAAGGAAGAUUGGAAGGUUAUCACAGUCUUUAUUGGUGCCAACGAUCUCUGCCAGUUUUGCCACAACAGGGACAGAUAUUCCCUACGCAAUCAAGUCGACCAUAUUAAAAAAGCUUUGGACAUUUUAUACAAAGAGAUCCCUCGAGCCUUUGUGAAUCUGGUGGAGAUUUUGGAGGUGGAAGGACUGCGCAGAGUAAAGGCAAACAAUUUUGGCUGUGCCCUGCUAAAGCCAAAUCUUUGUCCAUGUUUCAUAAACCCACGGGAAGGGUCCCCGGAACUGUUUGAAAUGAAAAAGUUUAACAAGGACCUACAGACCCAAGUGGUGGCGUUGGCUGAGAAAUACCAGGAUCGCGAAGACUUUGCAGUCGUAGUGCAACCGUUUUUCAAAAACAGCGUUCUGCCUGUUGAUAAGAACGGUGAUGCCGAUAUAAGCUUCUUUUCCGUGGAUUGCUUCCAUUUCACCGAGAGAGGCCAAUCAGAGAUGGCUAUAGCCCUGUGGAACAGCAUGCUGGAACCCAUUGGACAAAAGCAUGAAUUCAAUAAUUUCACCCAUGAUCGUUCCAAGCUGAAAUGCCCUACACAGAACCAGCCUUAUCUCUUCACCCUGAAAAAUAGUGGACUCCCUGAAACUGUAGCUCCCGUACCAGAAGAGAAAGAAGGUCAGGUGCCCUACUGGUCAGUGAUAGUGGGCACCAUCGGUGGACUGGCUGUAGGGUGUGCGAUCGUCGGAAUUGCAAUGUCUAUGGCCAAUCGGAAGAAGAUGCGUAAGUUGAAAGCAUCACCAGUAAAUGGUUCCACCUUCUGAGACACAUGUGCACCCAUCGUAAGCUCACCCACAGAGGCUGGAAAUUCAGAGACUCUUCCAAAUUCCUAUAUAUAGAUCCAAACUUCUAGCCUGGCCUUGGAGGCCAUCUUCUGAGAUGAACUCUUCUUGGUUACAGGUUCAGUUACCCUGAAACACGAACGUUAUUCAAUUGCACAGAUGCUCCAGCUAUUCGUAUCCUGUACUUGCUUUGAAACAUAACCUUUGUUUCAGGAGACCCAAAUUUAGUGUUGGAGCCAAGAAUUGGUUUAGAAUUAUCUUGUAAUUUACCAUUUGUCAAUAUGUUAUUAAUAGGGAUCCACUGUGAACAGCAUGGGGACCCUACUCCAGAGUUUAUGAAUCACUGGUGUAAAUAUUCCAAAUGCAUUUGAGAAUUAAAAUUGCAAAAAGUAUUUUUUAUUGUAUACACGUGUAAAUCUGUUCAAAUUAUAGGCAAAAUAAAGACUGAAUACACAAUGAAAUUUAUGUAAAUAUAUUAUGUCUCAGUGUGUGACCAAUAGCUUGAUGGAUUUAUUUAUCUCAGCAAGCAGUGGUAUUCUAUUAUUUUAAUUAUUUAAAAUUGUUAUUUAAUUACUACUAGUUUGCAUUUGUAAAUUAGGCGGAAAGGAGGGAAAAGUACUGCACACGGUUAAAAAAAUCCUUGUCUUCCUUGAAAAGUCCUGUGAUUAAGCCAGGGACUUGGAAUUGGUGAAAUCUGCUGAAAAAAGCAGAGUAUUUGGACAAAUCGCAAACGGAAUCCUGGAUUUUGUGCAUCACUAGUUGUUUUUAAUGUACUGGAAUAAUUUUUUUUACGUUUAAGGCACAUUUCAGUGGAUUAAUUUUUCCUCCGUCAUUUUCUUCAUCUUUCAUUAAAGCUGAGUGUUUCUUUUUAA